AUGGAUAAACAAAAAACAUUGAUAUGCGGCGAUGUAAAUGGAAAGUUUAAAGCAUUGUUUUCACGUGUGGAGUCAAUCGUCAAGAAAUCUGGACAAUUUGAUGUUCUACUGUGUGUGGGAAAUUUUUUUGGGGAUGAUAAUUCAGAGCUGGAUGCGUAUAAAAUGGGAACUCGUAAAGUUCCAGUAACAACAUAUGUUUUUGGACCAUCCAAACCAGAACAUGUGCCUCUAUACUGUGAAGAAGGAUCUGAAAUAGUGCCAAAUGUGAUUUAUAUGGGAAAAAGAGGAAUAUUUACAACUAGUGGAGAUGUAAAAAUAGCAUAUCUGACUGGAUUAUCUCGGAGGGAACUUGGCAAAGAGAUUCCGAUGUGCACAUUCGAACCGAGUGACUGCAGUGCAGUGAGGGAUGCAUGUUUCAGAGGACAGAGUGAAUUCAGAGGGGUAGAUAUGUUGAUUACAAGCCUUUGGCCUGCAGGGAUACAACAGGACGAAACACAGAAGAUAGAUGUAGAGAAAGAGAGGUUAUCAGACUUGCUUUCUUGGCUCGCUAUUCAUAUAAAACCGAGGUACCAUUUUGUACCUUCACCUGACAAACAUUAUGAACGACAACCCUAUAGAAAUCUGUCCACUCAUCAAGACUACAGAGAAUGUGCGACAAGGUUCAUAGCGUUGGCUCCAGUCGGUAACAAGGCGAAAGAGAAGUGGAUCUACGCAUGCUCCUUGCAACCGAUCUCUACGAUGAGGGUUACAGAUCUGCUGCAAGGAACCACAGAUGAAACUGCAUGCCCGUAUGAUCCGGACCUGUUGAUGCAACAUCAACCUGGGAAAGUUGUUAAGUUUAGUGGCAACGGACAGUACUUCUUCAGUUCGGAUGGACCAGAAGAUAAUAAUGCCAAGAGAAAACGAAGAGAUAGAGAAGAUAACCAAGAGAGGAAGAAGUUUAAUCCAGAAACAUGCUGGUUCUGCCUGUCUUCCCCAUCAGUAGAGAAACAUUUAGUGAUAAGUGUAGGUAGCCACUGCUACCUGGCUCUAGCGAAGGGGCCGUUGACCCCGUACCAUGUACUUAUUCUACCUAUUGCACAUCACCAGUCUCUUGUUAAAGUACCAGACGAGAUUUCAGAAGAGAUAAAGAAAUUCAAGGCAGUGUUAAAGCAGUUCUACGCGUCGAUGGGCAUGCUGGUCGUGUUCUUCGAGCGCAACUACCGCACGUCCCACAUGCAGAUACAGUCCGUGCCGGUGCCCAGGAUCUGUGAGUCGCAGAUAUUGGAAAUAUUCCAGGACGAGGCAGGCAUAAACAAGAUCCCCCUGGAAGUGCUCCCGCCGUACACGGACAUCCGACAGAUGAUGUUUCCUGGCGCGCCAUACUUCCACGCCGAGCUGCCCAACGGAGACCAGAUAUUCGCCAAACCUAAGCAGAAUUUCCCGAUACAUUUCGGAAGAGAUGUGUUAUCAACACCACAGAUCCUGAACUGCGAAGAUAAGGCGGACUGGCGACAAUGUCUGAUCUCCAAAGAGGAAGAAAUAGAAUAUGUAAAGGAUUUCAGAGAUAAGUUCCGACCGUUUGACUUCACUGCUGAUGCGGAUAGCGAUAGUGAUUAG